CUACAUCGUCGCGAGGGGCGGGGCGCCUGUCAGGGAAGCGGUGCGCGCGGGUGGCGGGCGGGCUGGGGCUUCUCCGCACAGUGCCAGCGCCAGCGCCAGACCCGCCCGCACCCCGCGCUCUCCCUCACACGCGUCGCUUCUCCUAGGACUCGCUAGCCCGCACUCCUGCUCUCACCCGUGAACCAUCGCAGGAUGGAGCUGCUGUGUUGCGAGGGCACCCGGCACGCGCCCCGGGCCGGGCCCGACCCGCGGCUACUGGGGGACCAGCGUGUCCUGCAGAGUUUGCUCCGCUUGGAGGAGCGCUACGUGCCGCGAGCCUCCUACUUCCAGUGCGUGCAAAAGGAGAUCAAGCCGCACAUGCGGAAGAUGCUGGCGUACUGGAUGCUGGAGGUGUGUGAGGAGCAGCGCUGCGAGGAGGAUGUCUUCCCUCUGGCUAUGAACUACCUGGAUCGCUACCUGUCCUGCGUCCCCACCCGAAAGGCGCAACUGCAGCUUCUAGGUACCGUCUGCCUGUUGCUGGCCUCCAAGCUGCGCGAAACCACGCCCCUGACUAUUGAGAAGCUCUGCAUCUAUACGGACCAAGCUGUGGCUCCCUGGCAGUUGCGGGAAUGGGAGGUACUGGUCCUGGGGAAGCUCAAGUGGGACCUGGCUGCUGUGAUUGCGCACGACUUCCUGGCCCUGAUUCUGCACCGCCUCUCUCUGCCCAGUGACCGGCAGGCACUGGUCAAAAAGCAUGCUCAGACCUUUUUGGCCCUCUGUGCCACAGAUUACACCUUUGCGAUGUACCCUCCAUCCAUGAUCGCCACAGGCAGCAUUGGGGCUGCAGUGCUAGGCCUGGGUGCCUGCUCUAUGUCCGCAGAUGAGCUCACAGAGCUGCUGGCGGGAAUCACAGGCACCGAAGUGGUAAGUCUCAGGCCCCCACUCACAAAAACAGUGCUAUUCCCCUGAAUCCCCAGCAGAGGGCAGCAUCCAUCUCCCAACUCCGAUUGUAUGCCCUUGCCGGCUUCUCUGGCCUUUUAUCUCUUGCUCCAGUCUGGAGAGGAGUGGGUGGGGUGACGGACACUUGCAUGUAGAUGCCCCCCUCUUGGCAAGUGCUGUGCCGCGGCCAGGGGUGGGGGACUUGGUGUCAGAUGCAGGGUUGCUCUCACACCCUUGCCACAUCCUCUUGCCAGUUUCUGAGAACUAAAGGCCUGAUUCCUGGGCUGGGCUGUGGCCUAACCUCCCCAGACUUCAUGGUGUGCAGGGGGAGGCCAUUCCCUUCUACCUGCCUGUUGUCUGUGCUGUGGCCAAGAGUCCCAUCAAUGGAUGAUGACCUUGUUUUUUUCUUCCUAGGACUGCCUGCGUGCCUGCCAGGAGCAGAUCGAAGCUGCCCUCAGGGAGAGCCUCAGGGAAGCUGCUCAGACAGCCCCCAGCCCCGUGCCCAAAGCCCCCCGGGGCUCUAGCAGCCAGGGGCCCAGUCAGACCAGCACUCCCACAGAUGUCACAGCCAUCCACCUGUAGCUUGGGACAGGCCCCCUCAGGUGGCCACCACGCAGAGGAGGGGCCCCUGCCACCCCCUCCCUGCCUCUAGGAACAAUUCAUGCCAUAUCUGAAGCCCGAGGGGGGCUCUUUUUCCCCUCACAAAGCCCAAGGGGCCAGGUCCUGCCUAUCCCCACAGUGUGCACUAAGGGGCUGCUUGGUCAUGAGGGUGUCGACAUGGCCAGUCAGUUCCUCUUCCUUCCCACUCAACCAGCUUGGCUGUCCUGGGCCAUGAUGGUCAGAGAGAUACAAACAGGUAGAACCCACACACCAGCAUUUCCUUUGAGUCCCUCCUCUGUCUGGGGCGCCGAUCCUUUCAGUUGCCAAAACUGCCCCAGUACCUUCCAAAGGUGUUGUUGCCCCUCGCAGGGUCACUGCAUUUGGAUCUGGGUCCUUCAGAAAUCCCGAUAGACGCCUAUGAGGAGCCAACCUAGAUGGCCGCUGUGUAAUCCCUACUCCAGCUGCUCUUAGCAGGAACAGCCUAGGCCUUGGCUAGAAGAGCGAGCGCCCGUAAACUGUUGCUUUGCUUCCUGCUAUGCUUCUGUGGUUGAGGGUCUUGAGGGUGCUGAUGGUCAUUUUAAUUUAUUGCUUUGAAUACAACUGUAAGAGGGUACAGUGAGGCCCGUACCCCACAAGUGGUGGUAACCCUGGCGGUUGCUGUUUCCCUCCCCUCUGCUACCGCUUUGUGGCCCAGGAGCUGCUACAGCCUGGGAGGGGGUCCUGCCUUCCUCUCCGUAGCCCUCCAGCUCAUCUUCAGCGGGGAGGGUUUAGUAGGGAUGGAUGCCGUGGAGGUGACUGGGCUAUCCGGAGAGAGGGCGAGCCCCAUGGACACAGGUCUUUCCUCAGGCCACAAGGUUUGGGCUGGUGGCCCAUUUCUAUCAUGCUGCCUUAAUAAAGAUUUCAGAAUAAA